UCAGGAAAUAUUUAUCUUCCAAUUCUGCCCUCCAACUUCUCUUCUAAUUCCACACAGUUUAAACUUCACUCUUCCCUCACCAAACUCUCAAACCGGAAAAAAUGUCUGCUGCUACGGAGAAGAUCGGAGCCGUAACCCGGUGUAUACUCGCUCCGACGGGAAAUAGGGUUCGGAUUCUCGAAGAGCAGACGCGACGGAACGAGAUGAUGAAGAAGCCACCGGAGAAGCCUAAGAGAGUAGCUGCGCGGUCACCGGCGAAACCUGCGGCCACAGCCGCCGCUGCUGUUAUUUUGCGGUGCGACGUCUCAGCUGAUACAUCUUCCGACUCUUCUACCUCGGCUUCGUCGUCCGGUACUGGUUCAAUUGUUAAAUCUGCUAAAACUACGAGCUCGAGACGGAAGGAGAAUGGAAACGGCGUCGUUAGAGCGGCGGAAGGAGUUGGAGCUCUGUCGCUCUCCCCUGCGGUUCCGCUUCCUGUUAAGCGCUGCGAUUGGAUCACACCGACUUCUGAGCCACUUUAUACUUCUUUUCAUGACGAGGAAUGGGGAGUUCCGGUCCUUGAUGAUGUCAAGCUGCUCGAACUGCUGGUUUAUUCGCAAGCAUUAGCCGAGCUCUCCUGGCCAUUGAUUCUUAGCAAACGAGCAGUAUUUAGAAAGGUUUUUAAUGACUUUGAUCCAAAGUCAGUUGCAAGUCUCGAUGACAAGAGAUUGCCCUCUGUUAGAUUGCUCUCGGAACCAAAAGUUCGUGCAAUUGUUGACAAUGCUAAACAGAUGCUCAAGAUCCAGCAAGAGUUUGCCUCCUUCAGCAACUACUGCUGGCGCUUCGUAAACCAUAAACCUAUAAAGAGUGGGUUCCGUUAUGCACGCCAAGUGCCGAGUAAGACACCAAAAUCAGAUCUGAUGAGCAGGGAUCUGAUGCAGAGAGGGUUCCGUUGUGUCGGGCCAACAGUUGUGUACUCGUUCAUGCAAGUUGCUGGUCUAGUAAACGAUCAUCCCGUGACAUGCUACAGAUACAACCAAUGCAGCCAUGAUUUUGACAAAGUUCCGACAGCUGAGGAUGAAGCAGCGUAGGGAUGCAUAAACUUCACCACUGAUCUUGUGUGUUAGUCAUUCUAAUCUUGCCACUGAUUUUUUUCACCUGUUUGUAAAAAGUUUUUAGCGUCAGACUAAUUUUUUGGGGUAUAUCCACCAUUUGUGAUUGUGAUGUGAUGAUUAUCAUUUGUGUUGUGUUAGUUUUGUGUGUUCACAAACAUAUUGCAUCUAACCCUUCUUUAGCGCUUCACUUAUUAUUA